AUGGCAGCUCCCGGCCAGCAGGGCGGAUUCGGACGCGGGAACCUUUUCUCCUUCCUGCCGGGCGGCGCGCGCUCCGAGGUGAUGGACGACUUGGUGACCGACGCGCGGGGCCGGGGCGCGCGGCGGAGAGACGCCGCCGCCGUGGUCCCGACGCCAGCCCAGACGCCGACCUUCGACUCUCAGGUCGCUGAGGACGCCUCCCGGAGGCGGCCAUGCCGGGCCUGCGUGGACUUCAAGACGUGGAUGCGGACGCAGCAAAAGCGGGACAGCAAGUUUAGGGAAGACUGUCCACAGGAUCGCGAGGAACUGGGCCGUCACAGCUGGGCUGUUCUCCACACCCUGGCCGCCUACUACCCUGACCUGCCUACCCCAGAACAGCAGCAAGACAUGGCCCAGUUCAUACAUUUAUUUUCCAAGUUUUACCCGUGUGAAGAGUGUGCUGAAGACCUAAGAAAGAGGAUAGGUAGGAACCAGCCAGACACUCGCACCCGGGCAAGCUUCACCCAGUGGCUGUGCCGCCUGCACAAUGAGGUGAACCGCAAGCUGGGCAAGGCUGAGUUCGACUGCUCACAAGUGGAUGAGCGCUGGCGCGACGGCUGGAAGGAUGGCUCCUGUGACUAGAGGGUGGCCAGCCAGGGCCUGCAGGGCCACCUGGCUGGGGAGGGGCAGGGCACUCAUUAAAGUGCAUCAGAGCCAAUGCCUGUCGUGUCUCAGUUGGGUGGUCCCUAGGACACUGCCCGUGGGGCCUGUCCCCUCUCAGGUUUGGAGUAUGAGUGGAAGUGUCCACUGCAGGCACCCUAACAGCCUUUCCCCAGCCGAGGCCAUGUGGGGCUGCAGGUGAGAGAGGCGGGAACAGCCCAGGCUGCCGCUCACCAUUUAGGAUGGAGCCUUCUGCCCACCCCACACCCCAGCACCUAGUUACCCACAUGGGAAGACAGCAGGCGUGGCUUGGCUUCUCUGUGCCUGCUCCUCGAGGCUAGGGAUGCCUGCAGUGCCAUGACCUUGGUGGUUCUGUGAUGUUACCACUUCAGAAAUGAGGCCAGGCUAGCUGGUUGGCUCAGUUGGUAGAGCAUGGUGCUAACACCAAGGCGAAGGGUUUGGAUCCGCAUACCUGCCAGCUGCAAAAAGAAAUUCAGAAAUGAUGCCUGGUUGCUGAGCUCUCCACUCUGCUCAGUCCCUACAAGGAAAGUUCAGGCAGGGCUUUUUUCUGAGGGCCCACCAGCCAUGCUGCCCACCCAGGUCCUUCCAUGGCUGUGCCAGACCUGUCAACAGGGGCUUCAUGGGGGCAGCUUCCUCAGAGUUUGAGACCAAAAUAAAAUGCUGGAGAAGU